CCGACGGCCAAGAUGCCAAAGACGCCAACGAAGCCUAAGGUUUCUGGCCACUGGAAGCUCGACUCCAGCCCUUAUCGCAGCCCACCGGACCGCAAGUGCACCAAAGCCGUCGAGCAGGACUCGUCAGACUCCGAGAUUGAAGAUGCCACUUGGGAGCCCCGCACUCCCAAGGUGCGCAAGCAGCCAGCUGUCGAUGGGCGCAUGUACCUCGUCGCGCCUGGCCAAUGGCUCACUCGCGAUCAGAUGUUGAGCGUCAACAGAGCUCGUCGCUUUGGCCUCCAUCGCAAGCCGGCUCUGCCCUGCCUCGGUGACGCGGAGCUGGAGGUCAAGGAUCUUGUACGCGUCUCCGACGACGUCCUCCAAGAGCUCAUCGACCUCGAUGCCAAAGUUCUACUUCCUCGCGACGCCACCCAGAAGCAGAUCGACGCGUGCGACGAUGGAUCUAUCACGACCACGAACCUCAAAAUCCUCGCCCUGAAAGCCUUUGCGGAGGCCUAUAUAGCGACAAAGUGCGUCGAGAGUGAGGGGGAAGACGAAGCGUCUGUCAAGACCAAGUGCAACUGCAGCGCGAACGCCCACGCGGAGACUUCGAAUAUAGCCGGCGGAAGCCUGAUUGAGGUCAGCGACGGCACGAUCACGAUUCGCGUACCGGCUGUCCUUCAGCGUGCUUUCAGUGGCGCAAUUACGCCUGCUGAUAUCUUCCGAUGGCUUCUUGAAUCUGGGAAGCAGGUUGCCGAUGCUUUGCAGACUGCCCAUGCCCUGACUAUGUAA